ACCCCAACUUCUCUUGCACUGGUCGAUUACCGGCGACAUAAAUCUAUUUUUUUCCUACUAUCCUCAACUAUGUCAAGUCAGGUACGUUAUUAGGAUCUAAGGUGUCACAGUAGGAACACUUUUUUGAACCUUACUAGGUAUUACCAUCGUUCCAGCAGCAUGGAGCCGGCGGAUAUCCGCAAAGCACACAUAUCGGAGCCAAUCCGAACCCACCACCUGUAGCCGGCAAUGACCCUGAGAUACUACACAUUCCUCAUUCUGGAAUACUAUACAAUCAAAAAGAGCCUGAUGAAAACGGCGGGCCCGAAGCACCCAAAGAAACAAUUUUGGGGAUAAAAAGGAAGGUUUUUAUGAUUGCGUUAGGGGUUGUUAUCAUCAUUGUCAUCGCGGUGGCAGCAGGAGUAGGGGGAGGGGUCGCAGCGGCGGCUGCGAAGAGUAAAGACAAUGACCCAGAAGCCCUAUCUACACCUACAAACACCCCGUAUGUUCUCCGGAAUUGCGAAUCCUGCAGCUUAUUAGUAAACGGUAUUAACAAUUAACAUCAAAAAUUCUGCAGUAGCGGCGUUUCAGAAACCACUGUCCCUACCAUUGCGUCUCCUACCCCCACACCUAUUGUUAAGGAUUCACCACUUGCAGUUGUCAAUUGGGGUACCGGUGCUAUUCAAUUAUUCUACAAAGACACGGAUCGCGCUGUCAGAUACCUAUACUACAAUGGGUCAAAAUGGGAGAGAGAGUCGGAUCCAAUAGUAAGAACUAGAGAGGAUUCAGGGCUUGCUGCGAUAGGCUGGAUCGAAGAGUCUCUCGUGCCACUAGUGCGGCAGGUAUGUACAGCAUCAGUAACUCCACCACUUUUCCUUCUAAUACUCUACUUUAGGUACGAGUGUAUACUGUAGAUAGAAGCAACAUUUUGAAGGAAAGUAUUUGGAAUAGCUCUGCUGAAAUAUGGCACACCCAAGCUAUAGGCAAAUGGUUAGAGCCGCCCGUGGCAGGAAGUCACCUGACUGCCUAUGCUUGGUUUGCACAAAACAUGCAGUUCAUCCGAGUUUAUUACCAAGGCCAAGAUGGAUACCUCCGGGAGGCAACCCAUGAUAGCAACACGCGCGGCUUCGGAUGGACAAAUGGUAGUGCACCAAAGAUUGAAUCCUUCCCACGGGCAAAGAGUGGCACUGGGUUGGCUGUCGUCCCGUUUCCAGAUAGGAACAAAGAUGAAGCAAAGCUAUAUUAUCAGAGCCUUGACGGGAAGUUGGUGUCUUAUGAUUACAAACCAGAAAAUUCCUGGGAACAAAGUUGGCGGAAUCAGAGUGGUUCGUUCCUCCGCUCUAUCUUUGGGAAUGGGUAUAAGAUAUCUGCUAACAACCUUCUCCCAACAGCAUCCGUGGACCACGGAUAUAUACCGGAUGGGGCACAACUUGCUGCGGUGAUCAACAAAUCCACCAACCUAACACUACGAAUAUACUUCAUCCAAGAUGAAGAGUUGAAGGAAAUCUGGUGGGAGUCGAAAGGUGGAUGGAGGAAAUCAAGCACUAUUUUCGGCGCCGCAGCACGGGGUGUUACUGCAAUAUCAUCCGGUAACAAUAUUCAAGUCCUCUUCCAACACAAGACGGAAAACAUCUCAUCCAUGACCCUCGACCGGAAGACGAACAAGUGGGAAUUCGGUUGGAUACUAUAG